AUGAUCGACGACUCCGACGAGGUGUCGUUGAGAGAUGCCAUUUGGGAUCCAUGUGGUUUUGAUGGAGAAUAUAUGAUGGAGUACAUCAUUGAUAACUUACCACCACUGGUCUCAAUUGAUGUCAACCCGUUUCAAACUGCUAUCAACAACAAUCUCAUUCCCAAGUUAUCUGACACUAUCAAGGAAGAUACCAAGACAAAUUCAAUCAAAUCAUCAUCGAUUCAAUAUUAUCCACUUCCACCUCAAGUUCCGCCACUGAAUCAUUCUUAUUCUCAGUCUCAAGCUUCUAUCUUGAGCUGGGACACUUAUCAACGUACAUCCACACAAUCUAUCCCAACUUAUCAAUCGCCUUAUCCUUCCGAAUCUUCAACUCAGACUUGGGAUGUUUUACUUCAAUCCGCUUAUUGCAACGAAUCAAAUCACGAUCCUCUGAUCGCAUAUAAACCAGCUUGGCCUCUCUCGCGUGCCUCCGAUCUCUAUGCGCGACUCUGCCUUGGUUUACAUCUCGGACAAAGUUCUUUACCACGAAUACUCGGAUUGACAAACGAAGCUAGCCAGGUUACCUUCGAUCUCGCACUUAAACUUGGUCUCAAUCUCAGUAAACUUGAUUCUACAGAUCCAUACUUGCAAGGACUAUUGGCGAGUGGUCUUGACCAAUUAGCUGCGAUGUUACGGGUCGAAAUUCAUUCAGCUCUCGCAGUUCCAUCUCACCAACUCGUUCUCACGCGUCAAACCGUUCUGGGGCCCAUUCUAGAUCUUUUAUCUAAGUUGGCCGACUUGAUAAUCACCAGUGCACCUUCCUCUCCUACAGAUCAACUCUCGCAUCUAUACCAAUUUGCCGAUCAUUUACUGCAGACCGCUGGUUCACCGAUGCUCCAAACGGUCUCAAGUUGGUUGCUUGAUAGGAUCUCUACCCGUGUACUCAUUGGUUGGGAGACUUGGUUAGGGAUGAUACGUAGCACUGAUGGACCGGUUCAAGAUCUCAAUUGGUUGCCAAGAAAACAAGACGAACGCGACGGCCAUCUCGAUUGGCCGAAUGAAUUCGAUGAACUUCAUCAAAGAUUAUGGCGAGAAUGUGGAAUUGAACGUGUGAAGGCACCGAAUGCGGCUGAGGAUUUAGGAACAAACAACAUGUCACCGAAUGCCAUUCGUCGCUUUUCUGCGAGUUUCAAGACAAUCAUGAUAUUCUUCCACAUCGUGCUAAUUUGGUUUCACAUGGCUCUACCCCUGCAGCUCAAGCUGGAUCGGAUUCCGACCUUCAUGCCGAUCGAAGUCGCUGAGAAAUUGUUUCAAGCUGGCAUUGCAUUACGCAUCUUGAGAACAUCAAGUGGUAGUAUGAUUGAAAAAUCAGAACCAAGACCGGUAUGUAGAUUACUACCGAUCGAGGCUCUUGAGCGCGCUAGAUGGGUGUGGAGUGCAACGGAGUUAGAGUGUUCCCGGAUUGCAUUGGCGCAGCAAGUCCGAGAUAUACAUGUUCGAACGUCUGCCUGGAGAAAUCACGUCAAGCUUCCUAGCACAACAGCAAACUUUUCCAGUAAAGUGAAGCGCAAGGUACACGAGCCAAAUGACCCCCAAGCAGACCUAGAUAGGUUCUUCGAAAAUAUCACGAGAGGUUUAAGACGUGAUAGUCACUCGCCCCACUCUGCUUCAUUGCUCGCCGUCUUUGAAGAUCGUCUAGGAAAUUUUGAAAGCCACCACACAUUUCUACAAGCCAUGUGCAUUCCCUCGCUUUCGAUACUCACCCAUGAGACUGUCCAUAAUCCACUUCUCGCUCGCGCAUCUUCUAUCAACCAAUCAUUAUUGUCGUUCUUUAUCAUCGAUAUGGAACUGUUGGAUCAUCUUCAAAUUCUGGGCCAGUUUUUAUUUUGUUUUGAUGUCGACUUUAGUCAACGGUUGUCGAGAGCUCUCUUCGAUCAAACAGAGCAGGAUGGGUUGAUCGACGGACCCUCGGCGGUGGGUGUGAGUGUCAGAUUGAUGGAAAAAGCUCGUUGGCCGCCUGGUGGAUUUGAUCUUUCAUCUGCCCUUCGAUCGGUUGUCUUGGAUUCAAUCCCGGAAGAGCUGACAGCAUCGGCAUGGCGUGAGCUUGAUGAUCGGCUAUCAUUCGCCACCGAAGCAACGGAUCAAGAGCACAUACAACCUGCGGAUUCGAUACAUGCAUUCGACUUCCUUUUCCUCGAUUUUAAACCUCCCCCUGGGCUUAUCCCCUUGCUAAGCCCUGAAAUCAUCGAGCAUUAUCGUGAUGUGAAUCGAUAUCUGAUGAAACUUGUUCGCUUACAAUCAAUCAUGCGUCGAAAUCAGCAUUUACUUCGUACUCGUCUCCGUAGGCCAAAGACUCGGCGAAGUGAGAUCCAUCGGUUAUGCUUGUUGACCUCAGCUUGUCAACGACUUUUGGACGGCCUGGUCUCAUUCACAUGGGAUAUCGCAAUUGAGGUAAAUUGGCGUAAAUUCAUGGAAGAAGUCAAUCAAACUCGACUUCAAAUCUUGAAACAUGAACAAUGGCCUGUCAAGGAGGAAGGAGAAGAAGAAGAAACAAAUAAUGGCUAUAAGACAGUGGAAGAAUUGAAAGAGAUGCAUAGAUUGAUGAUUGAAGAUAUCCGAAAUGCACUCUUUCUAAGAGAUCGACAAGUUUCAUUUAUGAAGAUCCUUGAGAAUUCCAUCUUUCAACCUAUCAUUGGACUUGGGAAGAUACUGAAUGGCUUGGAGGAAGAGGAAGAGGAUGUGGUGAUUGAAAAGUUGAAGGGAAGGCAGAUUGUGGGUCUCAGGAAGCUGAUAAAUGCUUUGGAGGCUUUGAGUGAUCGGGCUGCUGAUCGAGAAGUGAGAAUGAGGAAGGAAGGCAAAGAAGGGUUCUUGAACGAAUUAGUCUCUCGCUUGGAUUGGAAUAGGUUUUAUGCUGAUCAUUCUGGUUAA